AUGCCUGCACAUCAGAGUCGAACCAGGACGAGGGAUCGGAACAACGUUCUGAACCGACCGGAGUUUAUGUCUCUGAAUCAACCUCUGAGGAACAACAACGCCGAAGCUCGCUCCUCCGCGCGUAGGGCCUCUCACAAAUAUCAGCACUGCCAGCAUCAAGCCUCUGAAAAUGCGCAGCAAGAGUCGGCCGAGAGCAGCAAAGAGCGCAGAGAGUCUGUUAAAUUACCGGAGGAGGACUGUAUGCAGCUUAAUCCCUCAUUUAAAGGGAUUGCGAUGAACUCGCUCCUUGCCAUCGAUAUCUGUAUGUCGAAGAGACUCGGGGUUUGUGCUCAUACGACAUCAUCUUGGGGAAGCGUGCGUUCUAUUGUCAAACUGCUUGCUCUCACUGGUCAUGGCAUUCCUUGGAUUUUCGGCACAAUUUUUUGCCUUACAAGAAGCAACACGUUGGCAGGGCAAGAGGUCUUGGUUAAUUUGCUGCUUGCUCUUUUACUGGACGUGAUGACUGUUGCAGGCAUGCAAAAGCUUGUGAAGCGCAAAGGACCCUGGGAAAUGAGCCCCAGUUUCCUUGAUUACCUGGCCAUGGACGUCUACUCCUUCCCAGCAGCCCACGCAAGCAGGGCUGCCAUGGUAUCUAAAUUCCUAUUGGCUCAUUUGGUGCUGGCAGUUCCUCUACGCAUUCUUCUGGUCAUAUGGGCGGUGUUGGUGGGCAUGUCUCGCAUUCUGCUCGGUCGCCAUCACCUUACGGAUGUUGGUUGCGGCUUCGCGCUGGGUUUCCUUCACUACAGCCUGGUUGAGAUGGUAUGGCUGUCUUCCAGCACCUGUCAAACACUCAUUUCCAUUGGAACAUUCAACUGGAUCCCCUUCUAUUGA